AUCGCCUGCUGCAGCGGGCGCCCCGUGCUCCCCAGCGCGAGAAAUGGCUGGGUGCUGGCGCCUGCCCCUCUGCUGCCUCUUGGCGUCUGUCCUGCCCGCGGCCCUGGGCACCAACAGAGAAGUGUGCGACUGCAACGGGAUGUCCAGGCAGUGCAUCUUCGACUGGCACCUCCUGAGGGAGACAGGCAAUGGGUACCGCUGCCUUGGCUGCCUGGGCAACACGGAGGGUGCCCGCUGUGAGCGCUGCAAGGAGGGCUUCUUCCGCCAGCGGGAGGAGGACUGCUGCCUGCCCUGCCGCUGCCACCCUCACGGUGCCCUCAGCCCACAGUGCAACAGUGAUGGCCAGUGCAGCUGCAAACCUGGAGUGAUGGGCAAGAAAUGUGACCAGUGCCAGCCGGGCUUCGAGUCCCUCUCUGAGGCCGGGUGCCAGAGGAGUGGGCAGAGCCUGCAGUGUGCAUGUGACCUGGCUGGCAGCACGGGGGACUGCCUCUCCGGCCGCUGUGUCUGCAAGGGGAGCACUACCGGAGAGCGGUGUGAGAGGUGCAAACAAAACUUCUAUAACUUGGAUGCCAGAAAUCCUGCAGGAUGCUCCCCCUGCUUUUGCUAUGGGCACUCAGCUGCAUGUGUCAGUGCAGACAACCACAGCAUCUACAACAUCACCUCCACCUUCCAGCAAGGUGAAGCCCAGGCAGGACAUCCCUAA